CACCGCCUCAGAACUCAGAUGGCGAAAUGGAAAUUCCUAAAGGUGAUUCACAAUUUGCAUCUCAUUUGAAAGCAUCUGAGGCUGUCAGUUCUUUUGCUAGAUCAAAAACUCUUCGCGAGCAACGAGAGUUUUUGCCAGCUUUUGCAGUCCGCGAAGAACUGUUGAGAAUAAUUAGAGAUAACCAAGAAACUGGUUCUGGUAAAACAACACAAUUGACACAGUACCUUUACGAAGAUGGAUAUAGCAAUUAUGGCACUAUAGGUUGUACGCAACCUCGUCGUGUUGCUGCCAUGUCUGUUGCGAAACGUGUUAGUGAAGAAAUGGAGUGUAAACUGGGAACGACUGUGGGAUAUGCUAUUCGUUUUGAAGAUUGUACUUCUGAAAGUACAGUAAUAAAGUGUGAGUGA